AUUCCUUCAAGAAAUCCAAUCAAUAAUUCAACAAUAAUACUUCUUUAAAUUCAACAAAAUUAAUUCAUUAAAUAUUUUGCUCUGUUAAUGGAUUGAUCUCUAUUUCCAAAACCAGGUUGUAAAAAAGAGUGAACAUGGAAAAAGUAUAUGAAGAGUUAGAUGAUGCAAAAGCUGAAAUCGAAAAGCUUAGAUUAGAGUGUCGUGCGAAAGCUGAACUAUUUGACAACUUCAAGAGAUCACAUGCUGAUCAAGUCAAAAGAAUCCAGGAACUUAAUCAGAAACUCGAGAAACAAGCUCAGGAAGUAGAAGCAAAGGCUGAUGAAGUUUUUGAUACAAAGCAGUCACUUGAAGAACUCGAGUGCAGACUUAAAGAGAAGGAGAGUGUCGUUAAGAGUCUCACUUCUAAUAAUGAUAAGCUUCGGGCUGAUUUUGAUUCAAAGCUUCGGGAGAGUGAAGUGGAGAAACAAAAGCUUCUUUCUUCAUUAGAGGAGGCCAAUGUAAAGAUGUCGGAUUUAGAGCACCAAAAUCGUGUUUUUAUGGACAAGAUUGAGGUUUUGAAAGAAGGGAUUGUGUCAGUUUCACAAAAGAAAUGUGUCACUGAAAGCAAAAUGGCUAUGGCUUCAAAACAAAUGAGAGAAAGAGGUGAUAUCUUUGGAAAGCUGGAGGAAGAAAAAGUGAAGCUCGAGGAGCAGCUUAAAUGGAAGAACGAACAGUUUCAACACUUGGAAGAAGCCCAUAAAAAGCUUAGAGAUAAUCUAAAGGCAAAGGAAAAGGAGUGGGAUAUGGAGAAGUGUGCACUUGUUGAUCACAUAUCUGCAAUGGAAACAAAGUUAGGUUCUCAGUCUAAAGUUUCUGAAGUUUUUAAAAGGCGAUUAGAGACGUGUAGUGAAGCUCUGGCUUGUGAAGAGAAUCGAAGAAAGGGCUUAGAUAUUCAGAUUUUGGAGCUUGAGGAAACGAAGUCGAAACUUGUUGCGUUGACCAAUGAGAAAGAGUCUGCGUGUAAGGAAAUGGAAAGUAAGAUUGUCAAGUUGGGGGAUGAAAAUCAAGAAUUGGUUUCCUCUCUCAAAGAAUCUCAGAUUCGAGAAGCAAGUAAUUCUUCUUCUAUUACAAAGCUUCAAAACAAUAUUAAGUCUUUGGAGCAGAAUCAUAAUGUAAAAGAAGCUGAAUGGAGCUCUCAAUUUGAAAAAGUGGCUGCAGAUUUGGACUCUUGCAAACUCGAGUUAGCUAGUAAAGAGGCCCGUUUGAAGGAUAUCAUGACAGAAUUGAACGCUUAUAACUCUCAGGUGUUACAGUUUAGAGCGGAGAUCAAAUCUUUGGAGCAGAAUCAUAAUGUAAAAGAAGCCGAAUGGAGCUCUCGAUUUGAAAAAGUGGCUGCAGAUUUGAACUCUUGCAGACUCGAGCUAGCUAGUAAAGAGGCCCGUUUGAAGGAUAUAAUGACGGAAUCGGAUGCUUAUAACUCUCAGGUAUUACAGUUAAGAACGGAGAUCAAAUCUUUGGAGCAGAUCCAUAAUGCAGGAGAAGCUGACUGGAGCUCUCGAUUUGAAAAAGUAGCUGCAGAUUUGAACUCUUGCAGACUCGAGCUAGCUAGUAAAGAGGCCCGUUUGAAGGAUGUAAUGACGGAAUCGGAUGCUUAUAACUCUCAGGUGUUACAGUUAAGAACGGAGAUCAAAUCUUUGGAGCAGAUCCAUAAUGCACGAGAAGCUGACUGGAGCUCUCAGUUGGACAAAUUGGUUGAAGAUCUGAAUUCUUGCAGAUUCGCGUUAGAAAGUAAAGAUGCCCGUUUGAAGGAGAUAAUUACAGAAUCGAAUGAUUAUAAGUCUCAGGUGUCACAGUUAACUAUGGAGAUUAAGUCAUUGGAGCAGAUUCAUAAAGCAAGAGAAGCUGAAUGGAACUCUCGAUUUGAAAAAGUGGUAGAGGAUUUAAAUUCAUGCAGACCUGAGUUAGAAAGUAAAGAGGCCCGUUUGAAAGAAAUAAUGGCAGAAUUGAAUGAUUGCCACUCUCAGGUGUCACAAUUAUCAAUGGAGAAACAGGAAGCUGCACACAUGAUGGAGGCAGUGAAAUCUAAGGUAGCUGCAGAUUUGAACUCUUUCAGACUCGAGUUAGAAAGUAAAGACGCCCGUUUGAAGGAGAUAAUGAUGGAACUGAAUGAUUGUAAUUCUCAGGUGUUACAACUAACAAAAGAGAAAGAGGAAUCCGCACUGAAAAUGAAGGCAAUGAAAUCUGCAGCGGAUGCAGAGUUGGAUUCUUGCAGACUCGAGUUACAAAGUAAAGAGGCCCGUUUGAAGGCGGUCACAACAGAAUUGAAUGACUAUAAUUCUCAGGUGUUACAACUAAUAAAGGAGAAAGAGGAGUCUGCAGUCAUGAUGGUGGCGAUGAAAUCUACUCUUGUGGAAGCCAGAUCAGAUAUUGAUAAAGAGAAGCUUGUGUUGCAUAAAGAGAUUGAAAGUCACAAAAAGAAACUGCUGCAAACAGAGAGUGAGCUGGUGUAUGUAUGUGAUUUGUUAGAAAGUAAAGAGGCACGUUUGAAGGAGAUCACGUCAAAGUUGAAUGAUUGUAACACUCAAGUGUUGCAGUUAACGAUGGAGAAAGAGGAGUCUGCAAUCAUGAUGGUGGCAAUGAAAUCUACUCUAACGGAGGCCAGAUCAAAUAUUGAUAAAGAAAAGGUUCUAUUGCAUAAAGAGGCCAAGAAUCGCAAAAAGAAACUGCUGCAAACAGAGAGUGAGCUUGUGUAUGUAUGUGAUCUGUUAGAAAGUAAAGAAGCACGUUUGAAAGAGAUCACGACAGAACUGAAUGAUUGUAACUCUCAAGUCUUGCAAUUAAUAAUGGAGAAAGAGGAGUCUGCAAUCAUGAUGGUGGCAAUGAAAUCUACACUUAUGGAGGCUGGAUCGAAUAUUGAUGAAGAUAAGAUUUUGUUGCAUAAAGAACUCGACAAUCACAAAAAGCAACUGCUGCAAACAACGACUAAACUGGAGAACGCAUGUGAUUUGUUAGAUAAAGCAAAUGAAGAACUAGCUCAUAGUUAUUGUGAAGUAAAUGGAGUUGAAUUUGAACUACAAAUAUGGAAAUCAGUUGCUGAAAAGUUAGAAGUCCAUUUGGAAGCCAGCCGACAAAUGAGAAGGGAUGUAGAAGCUUCUCUUUUGGCUCAAGUGGCCACUGAAGUGAAGCUAAAAGAAGAAAACAGCAGUCUUGUUUGCACUUUGAAAGAAAAGGAGAAAACAAUUACCGAUCUUGAAGAAAAGAUAAAAGAAGUCAGGCAAAACACGCUUUUACAAUUGGCUAAAAAGAAUGGUGAUGAUCUUGAAAAGUGGGAAAAAGAUUGGGUGACACAGGAACUCGAAGCUGCAAUUCUUGCACAGUUAGAAUACGAGAGAAUUCAUGAGUAUGAAAAGCAGAGUCUAAAUAAGCUUGUAGAAGAGAAAGAUCAGAGAAUCGUUAACCUCCAGGAAAUUAUGAGCUCUCUGGAAAAAGAACUGGAUCACUCGAGUGCUUCUUUUUCUUCUCAACUAACAAGAAUGCAGGCAGAAAUGAACUUUUUUCAUGAAGCUUGGCAGAAGAUAAGAACAACUGUGGUUCUGAAGGAGAUUGAAGUCCAAGAAAAGAGUUUGAUGAUCAUAGAAUUGGAAAAAGAUCUAGGAGAGCAGAUUGAGUUUGUGAAGAAAUGUUUAUUAAGUGUCAAGAACUUGUCAUCAGACAAUGAAAACUUGAUGGAUAUUAUUGGUGGUGCAUCAGAAUGGAUUAAUAAGCUAUCAAGGGAGGAUGGGCAAGUGAUGGGAAAUUUGAGGAAUAUAAUGUCGAGGUUUGAUGAGAACCAUGUUAGCAGAGGAGGGCAUGGGCAUCCAGAUUCGAAAGACCAUUUUGAUCCAGUGAAAGAAAACAUAAACUUGUAUCAGUCUCCCAAGAGGAACACAGUAGAUAUUAGUCUUGAUGAGCGAUCACCGUUGAGAACUCUCAACAGUUAGCUGAACCUGUUUGUCCAAAGUAGCUAACCAAUGUAUUUUUUGUAUUUCUGAUUUUUUGUUUCCGCACGUUACGGGAUACAAUAUGUGACUUGUAUGAACCCCAUUUGUUGAAAUAACAUAACUGAAUGAUUGAAUGCA